AUCCUUGUUCAUGCUUCUAAAUCAACUUUUAUAUAUUAGACAAUUACAGCUCAAAAUCAAACUUUGAUUUCAAAUCCUCAGAUUGUUGCGUUGUCUUCUUCACCCACCCCACGGCACCCCAACCCAUAAACAAGGACACAGUGAGAUCCUUAUCAAAGGAAUCCAAAAAAAGACUCCUUGGUUCAUGAACUUCCUUUCUUGUUUCCCUCCCAUAUUUCUCGGGUUCUUAUCUGUCCGUGUAUAGACAUUAUAGUUCUUGAGACAUACUAAAAUAAUACAAAGAUAAACUGCCGCUGUCGGCCUGUUAAAACCAUUUUCUUGGAUUCUCUUUUUAAUAACAAUGGCUGCUUCUGUUCAUUUUAGGCCUCAAAAUAGGGAUCUUGGAAUGGUAAUGAGGCAAGUAGAUGAAGAUCUGGCUAUUUUCUUGGGGAUGAAAAAUUGCGAAAAGGAGAAGAAUGAUCUUCUUGUUCAUGAUUCUAUUGAGUUUAAUCACUCAACAGGUUCGAUGCCUGAUGAUAAUUUCCUUAAUUCGGAGAUUGACAGAAGUGGAAAUGAUUGGCUUCUUACACCACCUGAUAUGUCAUUACUCCCUUCGCUUGAGGUAGGAGUGCAGGAUCUCGUGGUGAGUCUGACUGAACUUCCAGACUUUGGGAGUCCUGUAAAAUCCAAGCCAGAAAACUCUGCUGAAAAAUCAGCUUCUGCUUCUGUGAAUAGAAGGCCUGUAUCUUCAGGUAACCAAAAAUCAACUUCAAGACAAGCAACGCCAACUCGAAGGCCAACUUUGCCUGCGAAAUUGAAGCCUUCACGUCCUUCAACUCCUACAUCAAGAGCCACAUUGCCUUCUCCGAAAAACAUGGCUCCUAUCGUGAGAUCCUCAACCCUAACGAAAACUGCUGCCAAACGAUCUUCAACCCCAUCUGCCCGACCCACAAUAAUGAUCACAUCAAAACCUGGGUCGAGAUCUGCUACACCGACCCGUAAAAUGUCAACUCCGUCAACCCCACCUGGCAUAUCUGCUUCUGAUCGAUCUUCAUCAGGGAUAAAAGUGGACCUCACAAAGAAUCCAGUGCCAUCACGUGGAAUUUCUCCAACGGUGAAAACUAGGCCGUCAAUAUCCUCAGGGAUGCUUGGUGUGUCAAAUGAUACUCCUCAAAAUAUUAGAGCAUUGAUGCAUAAAAGGCCUUCUUCUACCUCAAGGGGACGACCAAGCGCACCGGCCACUCAGUCCUCUUUAGUUCACUCAAGUUCCAAUGGAAAACCAAGACGAAAAUCGUGCUCUCCAGCCAGAGUACGUGCUCCAAAUGGUACUGCUAAUAAAAAUGGUAGCUCUAUACUAUCUAAAAUUCGAGGACAUAACAAUGAUGGAGAUGAUGUGAACCCUGUAUUGAUUGGUACAAAGAUGGUUGAAAGAGUGGUGAACAUGAGGAAACUAGUUCCACCCAAACAAGACGAACAUGUGUCUCAUGACAACCCCAGAAAAUCGUCCCAUGAGAAUUCAGGCUUUGGAAGAUCACUCUCCAAGAAGUCGUUGGACAUGGCAAUAAGGCAUAUGGAUAUUACACGAAGCGUUCACAACAAUUUACGCCCAGUUUUAACUAGCAUUUCAGCUUCGUCUAACUAUGGUGUUCAAUCAAGCUCUGCUAACAGCAGUACAGUCGGGGUGUCAGAGUCUCCUUUUGCCACAAACAGCGAUAGUUCUGAGCUUAGCAUAAAUAACAAUGCCUACUUUCUCAAUGGAGUUGAAGAUGAACACAAUGAAGCUGGCAGCCAAUGAUCGCUAAAACACGAAAUAUUGUUGAGUCUCGACUAUCCUGGAAUCUUGAUCUAGAUGAUGGUGGGAUGUGCAAUGCAUUCGUGAAGAAAACAACUAAGUUAUCGUAGUAUUGCAUUUGGAUUGUGCUUUUUUAUCAAUGACCCUUUGCAAUAUAUUGUGGGAUACCAUGUUGUAAGAUAGGACUUGUGGGUACUUAAAAUUCACAAACUGAAAAGAUUCCUUGGGUUAUAUUACACAACUAGUUUCAUUUAUCAAUUAUGUUUCUUGGCUCAUGUCUGGAAGCCAUUUUCAGCAGAUUUUUAGCAAAAUUCUGCCCGUUAUAUAGUAAAAAGGCUGCUGCAUUUAUUGACCAAA